AUGAUUUUUAUUUUCAUCUGGAGUCUUCUCAUUCAUUUCUCCGACAAUCUCAUCAUCAACAAUGCUCAGCCUAGUAAUCAUCCUCAUCAUGUUGUCCAUCACAAUAUGUCAUCUGAAGAACGAAUGCAAGUUACCUACCGUGUGCUGAAUGAUGGUCGAUUAAGUCAUGCUAAGAAGCUCGCGACAAUCACAAACAAUACACGGCAUCCACACGAGGAGACUCAUAGAAUUCAUGAAAGUAUGAUUCACAACAUGCUGCUAUUGAAACGUUGGCUAGAUAAACGUGUUGAAACAGAGCCCAUUAUAGUUCAAGCUGUUCAACAAAGAAAAUUCAAAUUGCUGUUUACUCUUCCUGGGGAGAAACAUUACAAACGCCUCGUGAAGCAAACGAAACGAAUCAUAGACGAGAUGAGCGUUCAUGAGAUGACCCGCGAAAAACAAGUGGAAAAAGAAUUUCAUGAUAAAGCCUAUGAACUUGGGAUUCAUGCUAUAUCCGCUGAGAUCAUUGAGCAUCAUGAGAACAGUAAUUCUAUCGAUAGCAGAGUUUCAAUUUCCUAG